AUGAACUCACUGCACGCUCAUACCCAGAGGACUGGGACCUGGAUAAUGGUAGACUGGCCGUGGAGAAGUUGCAAGUGGCAAGAUGCCCCGGAAAUGGCAGAACCAAAGAGCUUGAAAAGUGCCGACAGCGGCGCUGGAAGAGUCGAGGACUGGAUGUACACGUAUUUCCCCGAUCAGCCGUGCCAGACAAGCGGCAGCAAUGCAGGUGUUGUUCAAGGAUUAAUCUUUUCCCUGUCUUCUCGUCUACGACGCCAUGUGCUGGUUGAGUUCGGGCAGCGAGGACCUUUCUCGACUGGCUUCUCAUGA